UUCUGGGCUUCUUCUAUUUUGUUCCUUUCACAUCGAUCUUCUCAUCGAAAAGGAUAAUGGGAGGCGGGAAGGACAAGCACAAGCAUGAUGGUUCAGACCAACAUGACAAGGGAUUUCUUUCAAAUAUUGCACAUGGACUUGCUGGCCAGCACUCUGGUUAUCCUCCACAAGGUCACCAACCGCAUGGCUAUCCACCACAGGGCUACCCUCCAGCACCUGGUGGUUAUCCUCAACAAGGAUACCCUCCACAGGGAUAUCCCCCACAGGGGGGGUAUCCCCCACAAGGAUACCCACCUGCAGGAUAUCCCCCUCACUCCCAAGGGCAUGGAUCUCAUGGAGGAUCACUGCUAGCUGGGGGUGCUGCUGCGGCGGCCGCCGCCUAUGGAGUUCAUCACUUGACACAUGGUUCUUCUCAUCAUGGGGGCCACAAUCCAUAUGGCCAUGAUCCAUAUGCCCAUCAUGGGGGUCAUGGGGGAUAUAGUGCAUAUGGUCAUCAUGGUGGGAAGUUCAAGCAUCAUGGUGGCAAGUUCAAACAUCAUGGAAAAUUCAAGCAUGGGAAGCAUGGCAAGCAUGGAAUGUUCGGCGGUGGCAAGUUUAAGAAGUGGAAGUGAAAAUUCCAAUAUGAUCUUUAUCUUAACUACUUGACUUUCUUGUGUGCUCUUUAAUUUCAAAAUCUAUAGGAGUCUCUGACUACUUGAAUGGCCUCCAUUUCAUAGCCUUGGUGUGUUUGGUUUGCUACAGUUGUAUUUAAAGCUUGAAAUAUUUGAAGUUACAUGCACUAUGAUUUAUAUGAUUAAAUGCAGAUGUGUUCUUGUGUUCUA